UCAAUAACGUUUUAAUCCGAAGCGGUGCGCCACUCACCCUGCUUUAACCACUGGAGCCUUAUAAUUGAAAUCCAUUCAUCUGGUAUUCGGAGAAUUUGAUCUUUUCAAGAACAGACUUGACAGAUACAGAACCCACAAGGUUAUUUUGUGGGCGAUUUGACUGUUACUGGUGUCAUUGUGCAGCAGAGUCCUCCAUAAGGGAAGUUCUUGCAAUACAAGCGAAGAAAAAGCGUUACAAGGCGCCGAAAGCACGCAUGAGGCCUGAAGAUACGAAAUCCAAGCCGAAAAGCGGGAGUGUGUCUAGUUUUAACGACGACGAUUAUGAGGUAGACGAGAAUUCCGACGAUGAGGAGCAAGAAGAUUCUGGUGACUAUUGCAAAGGAGGUUACCAUCCUGUGCGCUUGGGUGACCUGUUCAACAACCGCUAUAGUAUUAUCAGAAAGCUUGGCUGGGGCCACUUUUCAACUGUCUGGCUAGCGUGGGAUCUCAAAGACCGGCGGUUUGUGGCGCUGAAGAUUGUAAAAAGUGCGUCGCAUUACACAGAGACAGCCAUUGAUGAAAUGAAACUUUUAAGAACAGUCCACACAGCUGAUUUGACUCACACUGGAUAUAAACAUGUCGUCCAACUAACAGAUGAUUUCAAAAUUGUAGGAAUAAAUGGCUCACAUAUAUGUAUGGUCUUUGAAGUGCUAGGUCAUAACUUGUUGAAAUUAAUAAUCAAGUCCAGCUAUAAGGGUAUACCUUUAGUGCAAGUGAAGAGCAUCAUAAAACAGACGUUACAAGGCCUAGACUAUCUGCACUCAAAAUGUAAAAUAAUUCAUACGGACAUUAAACCAGAGAAUAUUUUACUGUGUGUGAGUGAGAAAUACAUACAACAACUGGCAGCAGAGGCUGCAGCUGCAAGAGCAUCAGGGCUGUACUCUCCUGCACUUAUCAGUACAGCUCCUCCGUCAGUGAUGCAGCAAUGCACCUCAACAAAGAUUUCAAAGAAUAAGAAAAAGAAGAUGAAGAAAAAGUUAAAAAAGCAGAUUGAGAAGCAACAGCAGCAGCAGGAUGAAAUUGAACAAGGGAUGUUGGAAGAAAAUGAGGAAGCUUCAGACAAGGAGACAGAGAAAUGUUGUAGCAAUAGCAUGGAAAAUUGCACAGAAAAUUCCACAAAUUGUGAACAGAAUGAUAAUGAACUUGAAUCAAAUCAGUUGCAGGAAGAGACUGUAGAAAAUCUUGUUGAUAGUGAACUGGUUGAAAAUUCGGAAGAUCUAACUGGCCAAUCUCUUCAACAAAAGUGCAUAGUCACCAAUGAUGAUAUGUCAGUGACAGAGGAACAGAAUGAACCAGAUGCUCUGCUUUGCAAUGGUGAUGCACAAGAUAGCAAAAGUGUAGAUAUGGAAUCUUUACCAGAGGAGAAAGCUGCACCUGAGGAGAGUUGUGUUGGUGAAAUUUGUCCAGAAGAAAUUGUCACAGAACCAGAAGAAGAUGAAGAUUCUAUAAGAGUAAAAAUAGCUGAUCUGGGGAAUGCAUGUUGGAUUCAUCAUCACUUUACAGAAGAGAUCCAAACAAGACAAUACCGUAGCCUUGAAGUUUUAAUCGGAGCUGGUUAUGGCCCAGCAGCUGAUAUGUGGAGCACAGCUUGUAUGGCAUUUGAAUUAGCUACAGGAGACUUCCUAUUUGAGCCACAUUCAGGAGAAGAUUAUUCAAGAGAUGAAGAUCACCUUGCUCACGUUAUUGAACUUCUCGGGAAAGUUCCACGGCACAUAGCUCUCUCCGGGAAAUAUUCCAGAGAUUUUUUCAACAAGAAAGGAGAACUCAAACAUAUUUCCAAGUUACGUCCUUGGGGACUUUACGAUGUUCUUCGCGAGAAGUACGAAUGGCCUGAAAAGGACGCCAUAGAAUUCUCAGCGUUUCUGCUUCCAAUGCUCGACUUCAACACAGAUAAACGGGCAACAGCCGCACAGUGCCUUGAACAUCCGUGGCUGAAAGAAGUUUAGAAGAACCCAGAGGAAAACAAACCUGUGUUCGCUGAAUUUGGCGUUCAUGAUCCUUUUAAGCCAUCUUGUACAGCUGAAGAUGACCAAGGGUUGUCUGAUAUCAUCUGGAUAUAUUGUUUUUCUUUAAAACCCUUUUAUCCGAAGAUGGAUUUGUGUUUGGUCGAGCACCGUUAACUUAAAUAAACCACGCUUUGUGGCGAAGAUAGAACGAAAAAGCAGCUAGUCAGAUGUGGCGGAUUUAACUAAGGUUGCAUUUUCGUUUGGAACUUAACAGUUCACUUCCGAUAAAAGAUGAUGAGGUGAAAUUUUUGUACAGAUGUGAACGUUACACUGUGAACAUAACACUCUUACAGUCUUUUUGGAUUUUCCUUGGUUUAAGCAUACUUCAUUUUCGUCUUUCAAGUCUGCAAAACAAAAAAAGUUCUUAAAAACGUCCAGGAGAGUUCUCAGACUCAAAACUGUCACAGUUUCGUCCAAAUUCAAGCGGUCUGUACAUGGAAUAAAGUAUUCCGAAGACUCAGUGUUGUAGAAAAACCACGAAAAAAGGACAUCUUAUUCGAAGAAGUACAACUUGAACAGCAUACGAAGUAUUUAUUCAGGUUACUACAAACUAUGCUUACACAGAGUCAUUGAUCUAACUACUGCUUACAGCAAUAAUUCGUUAAGACAAAGAGACUAAAAUUUUGAUUUUAUAUAGUGGGUAGUUAUUUACAAUUAAAAACAGUCUCGAAUUAAAACUAUAAGCAUGUGGCAACAUUUGGCAACAUGAGUUCUUUUAGUGUCGGCAAAGAAAACCAUUUAUAGGUGCCAAAAGUCAAUCAAACCUUUGACUAAUCACAAGAGUGAGCAGUCUUUGAAAGAUGUGAAGCGGAUAUGUUUUAUGUAAUGCUUAAACUAACGAGUUAAAUCGAAGUAAUGUAUAUUUGUCCUAAGGUGUAUUUAAUGUUUCAAAUGAUUUUUUUUGCCAUGAGUCAA